AUUAAAGAGGAACAGGAGGAGCUCUGGACCAAUCAGGAGGCAGAGCAGCUGCAGGAUCUCACCAAGUUCCCGUUCACUGCUGUCCCUGUGAAGAGUGAGGAUGAUGAAGAGGAAGCUCAGUGCUCACAGCUUCAUGGAGAACAGGACCAGAUGAAAACAGAAGCCGAUGGAGAGGAAGCAGCUGCUGAUGAUGGUGAUGACAGGACAUCAGACUCCUCUGAGGCUCAGACUGAGGACAGUGAAGACUGGGAGGAGACCAGAGAACCUCAGUCAGGUUUAAACACACCAAAUAAAAUCCAUCCCAGUCAGAACACAUGUGAUGUUGGAGAGAAACCAUCCUCCUGCUCUGUGAGCAAGAGGACAGGAGAGAAACUGUGGAGCUGCUCUGUUUGUGGGACAAACUUUCAACGAAAAGGAAACUUGAACAGACACAUGAUGAUGCACAAGGGAGAGAAACCAUUCAGCUGCUCAGUCUGUGGGAAACAUUUCACAUGGAAAAAUGACUUAAACACACACAUGAGAACCCACACAGGAGAGAAACCAUAUGUCUGCUCCGUCUGUGGGAAAGAUUUUACAGUGAAAAGUAACUUGAAUAUUCACUUGAGAGUCCACACAGGAGAGAAACCCUUCAGCUGCUCAGUCUGUGGGAAAGGGUUUUCACAGAAUUGUGUCUUAAAAAAUCACAUGAGGAUCCACACAGAUGAGAAACCAUUUAAUUGCUCAGUUUGUGAUAAAAGUUUUACACGGAAAAGUCACUUUAACUUUCACAUGAGAGUCCACACAGGAGAGAAACGGUUCAGCUGCUCAGACUGUGGUGAACACUUCACAGUUAAGGUGGACUUGAACAGACACACCAGAGUCCACACACAAGUGAAAACAUUUAGUUGCUCAGUCUGUGGUAAAACUUUCACUCGGAAAAAUAACCUGAACACUCACAUGCGAGUCCACACAGGAGUGAAGCCCUUCAGCUGCUCCCUCUGUGGGAAAGGCUUUUCACAGAACUGUGUCUUAAAAAAUCACAUGAGAGUCCACACAGGAGAAAAACCCUUCUCUUGCUCAGUGUGCGGUAAAUAUUUUACACAGAAAAGUCACUUUAACUUUCACAUGAGAGUCCACACAGGAGAGAAACCGUUCAGCUGCUCAGUCUGUGGUAAGGGUUUUUCACAGAAAUAUAUCUUAAAAAGUCACACAAGAACCCACACAGAAGAGAAACCGCUGAGUUGCUCAGACUGUGGUGAAGGAUCCAGAUUGGAAAAUCACUUCAACACGUGAGAGUCCAGCGGUGAGAAGCUGGGUGAGACACCAUGCCUCUCCAUCCAGGGUCUGAAGGUCCAGGCUCUCAGUCCUGCUUGUCCUCCAUGUGCUGUCUGUG